AUGUGCAACGCAUGGCAACUCACUGGGAUCCCUUGCAAGCAUGCUGUGAGGGCCAUUCUACAUUCAAGCCAAGAUCCCAUAAGGUUUUGCAGUGAUUGGUACAGUUGCAAAAUGUACAAGCAAGUAUAUGCAAGCACUAUUAGAUCUAUUCCAGACCCUGAGCAUUGGCCAGAAAUGCAGUUCCCACUAAUUAAGCCACCAAUGAUAAAGAGAGCAAUUGAAAGACCUGUAAAGAAUAGAAAGAGGGAAGCAGACGAAGAACGAAAGGGGAAAAGGUCUAAGACUGUAAAGUGUAGUAUAUACAAGGAUUUUGGACACAAUGUGAAGACUUGCAAGGGUGGAUUGACGGCUAAGCAAAAGAAUGGUAAAAGGACGAUUUCUAUGCCGUCAUCUUCAAAAGCAUCCUAA